AUGUCCAAGAAUCAAGAAAUUAUAAGAACAACGAGUCUACCGAGUGAUACUACCAAAAAUCAAUCCAUUAAACUUUUAACUUUCAAUACAUGGGGUUUAAAAUUUAUAUCAAAACAUAGAAAACAAAGAUUAAAAGCAAUUGCAGAUGCAUUUGCUAAUCCCACCACAAAGGAAGAAGAUUAUGAUAUAAUUGCAUUACAAGAAAUAUGGUGUGAAGAAGAUUGGAAUUAUUUAAAUUCAAUUUGUUCUCAACGUUAUCCUUAUAGAAGAAAUUUUAAAUCUGGUAUAAUUGCAGGACCAGGAUUAGCCAUUUUGUCAAAAAUUCCAAUUGAAGAAACUUUUCUUUAUAGAUUUCCAAUAAAUGGAAGAUCAUCUGCAUUUUUUAGAGGUGAUUGGUACGUUGGUAAAAGUAUAGCAGUUACAAUUUUUAAAUCUCAUCAACCAAAUACAUUACCAAUAGCUUUAUUAAAUUCUCAUAUGCAUGCACCUUAUGGUAAAGGUGAUUCAAGUUAUUCAACUCAUAGAGCUUGUCAAGCAUGGGAUUUUGCUAAAUUUGUAAGAAUGUUGAAAAAAGCUGGAUAUGCAGUUAUUCAAGUUGGUGAUUUAAAUUCAAAACCCGAUUCAUUACCUUAUAAAAUUUUUACUGUUGAAGGUGGAUUAAAAGAUUCUUGGAAUGUAUUACAUCCUGAAAAAAAUCCAUCAGUUGCAGAAAUAAGUGGAAUGAGUUUAGAAGAUCAAAUCACUUAUGCUGGAGUUACAUGUAAUAGUAGAUUAAAUACAUGGAGAACCAAUAGACCAAUUUGGGAAGCAUGUAGAUUAGAUUAUGCAUUAAUUGAUGAUAUUAAUGUAAUACCCAUAAAAGCAAAAGUUCAAUUUACCAAUCUUUUACCACCACCUUUAUCAUGUUCUUAUUCUGAUCAUUUUGCAUAUUUUGUUGAAGUUAAUAUUAAUGCAGCUUCUCAAUAUGUUCCUUUAAUAAAAGAAUCACCUCCUCAAGAACGUGAAAAAGUAUAUAAAGAAUUAAUAGCUGAGAUUAAACAUUAUAGAAGAAUAACUAUUCCUUUUCAAGCAAUCUGGAGAAAAUGUCAUUUCCUAACAUCUGUUGCAAUUGUAAUUGGUAUGCACAUAGGUAUAGUAUUUGUAGCUGAUGUAGCAGGUUGGAUUUCAGUAUUGUUUUUAUUUGCUACAACUUGUGUCAUUAUAACGGGGUUAUUAAAUGGUAUGAUUUGGUAUUUUGGUGUAAGAUCAGAACUGAGAGCAUUACAAGAAGUUCAAGCAGAAGUUGAAGAUGCUUAUGUAUUUUUAAAAGAACACUUGAACGAAAUUGAAUAA